GUCCGAUUCAGCACCGCAUCCUCAAUCACGUCUCACGCGCCUGACCACCUCAGCGGUAUCCUCUCAGCAAGGAGAGUGACGGUCCUGUCUGGCUGGUCCACUAUGCCUCUCUGUUCUGCCUCGAUGCUGGCCCGAUGAUGCAGCCGUCAGGAUCGCCAGCAGCCCAGCGCAUGCCGCAGUCAUUACGGGGACAUCAGCCCAUCCCUGAUGCAGUGCACUCUCCGCCUCCGGCCAUGAAUCCGCCUUCAGGAGUAGGGUCUCAAGUAAGAUCCUCGUCUGGCUCAGGACGCUCCCAACGCAGUGCCAACCCCGACAAACAGAUUUCCCAAAUAGAGAAGAGCGUUACCCAUCUAUUAGUCGCUACCAAACAGCUGCUCGAGACUCUGACACAAUGGUCGCGCGGCCAGGCUCAAGAAGAGGAGGUGUCGGAUGUCUACGUGCGCUUGGGUUAUGAAUUCAACCUUGCCUGUCGCGCGUUCAAUUCCAUUGGGGUGGAAACCGCUGACCUGGGCCCUGUUCCUGACCUGCUUCGAAAUAUCCUCGAGGAUACCCUCAGCCAGCCGGCCUCCCCACAGGCGCUCGACAAUUACCUUCCCCGAAUCCGCGAUAUCAUCAUCAACCUUCUACAUGGGCUCAAGAGGAAACAAAGCAGACUUCGUGGUCGAGGAUCAAAGGAGGCUGCCGCCUCAUCUCAGGCAAGACCGCUGGGCGCAUCAGGGCGACAACCCAGCGUGUCGACCACCGGUAGCAAUGAAUCCGGCUUGACACAUAUGCUACAGGACGUGCCGAGUGCCACUCCAAGCCUGCGUGGGCCAACACCACAAGACAACCUGCCUGGCACCCAGCAGUCAUACGCACCCGCAAACCCUCCGGCCGCGCCCUCCACAAGUCGUCCAUUGCUGGAACGUCAAGCACUGCGGCACGAUGUUACCCCUCAAGGCUCGCAGUCCGAUUCCUCCGGAAACACCCCUUCAAAUGUUCCUCAAAAUACUCCAGCGCAAAUACCCUAUCAUUCUACUGCUCAUCUUCCCACGGGUCCGCACAAUUUCCCCCAUCCACCGCCUCCGCCGCCUAAACAGGAUGCCUUUACGCGAUUACAGCGUGGAGGAGACCUGGAGAGACGGGCCUCCCGAAGGUUCUCCGCAUAUCAGAUACAAAAGCACCUGGGUGCCUCGCCCAAUGGGGUUCCCGUGAUACCGGCCACUCAAAACUCACCGAUCCCUAAUCGGGGCAAGGAGGUUCGCGAGUCUUUGACAGCAGUACGAUCGCGAAGUUCCUACCAACAAUCAAGGGCCAAAUCCACACGGCAGGGCGAUGUAUCACCGAGCAGGAGUGGUUCGGUACGAGCCCCUCAGCGUAUCUCUGAGGAAAGGGAAGAAGCCCCGGUCUUGUCGCUCCAGGACGUACCUCGCAUCCAAGCUCCUGACGGUUCUGUAAAUUUGGACAGUCCGACGGUGAAAACCCCAGAUGAAUACCACAAGCCUCCAAAACUUGAUGCAAGUACCGCAGAAAAAGCAGUGGUAGGAGCAACACUCAAUGGACCUUUGGGUCCACCGCCAGAAGAAUACAAAGAUCAUUCCUCCAUUGACUCACAGCCCGCUCCACUACCUCCGCAUCACAUGACACACGCUGAGGCGGAGGAGGACAGUACUCCGGAGACUGUCCAGCGACAACCUCGCGAAACCGUCACUCCGCCUCCAUCUCAGGCGUUGACCACCGGAUCUUCGCCUCCGCAAGGAAAGGAAUUGACGCUGUUUCUUCAAUACAAGAGCAAGAUCAAAAAGUUUGUCUUGGCUGAUGGCUACGAAGAGCUGACCAUCCCGAGGCUACAGCUGGCAUUCAUCGAGAAGUUUGCAUGGAAUACACAACAUAACGGCGUUGAGCUGCCCGAGAUUUAUGUCCAGGACCCAGUUUCGGGUGUAAGGCAUGAAUUAGAGGACCUUUCCGACGUCAAAGACCGAUCCGUUCUAGUUCUCAAUGUUGAGGCGCUUGAUGAAGUCAAGAAGCAAAUCGACGAAGGACUUGGGGGUCUCCAGAAAAGUUUGGAUGGGGUCCGGUCAUUACUAGAAGGACAAACGACGAUGAUGCAACGCUUCUCUGAUCGACAGCUCGAGACUUCGAAGGAAAUGGCGCGCAUGUCUGCCGUUCCCUCCCACCAACCUUCUCGAACUCCUGUCUUGGCUCCUGGCAGCUUUCCAGCCGCUGCCGCUGCGCCAUCUGACGCGUCAUUGCAGGAGAUCCAGACUUUGAGGCGUGAGCUAGCCGUACUACGACAGACCUAUUCAACAAUGUCGUCCGAUUUCACCGCCGCAAUGAACAAUAUUCGAGCCAAGGCUGCCAAUGUUAAAGCUGUUGCAGUCGAAGCUGCAAAUUCCUCAUACAAAGGUGAUGCCGGUCGUGCGCACAUCAACGAGAGCAAAAAGGUACUGUCCGAUGAUUCCGAGGCACUGGUCAACCGCGUGGAUGAUCUUUCGGAUAUCGUCGAAGAGCUUCGAAAAGAUGUGGUAACGCGAGGCGUCAGGCCCCUGCCCCGUCAACUUGAAGACAUCAGCAAAGAAAUCAGUACAGCAGCCAAACAGCUGACCAAAGUGAAAGAAUUUGUCAAGCGCGAGAAACCCAUCUGGACGCGGAUCUGGGAGCAGGAGCUUCAAGUUGUCAUGACCGAGCGGGACGAGCUGACUCAACAAGAUGAACUAAUGAACGACCUUGACGGGGAUCUCGAAGAUAUUACUAAUGUGUUCAAGUUGGUGGAGGAGGCAACCAAGCAGCAGAACCUGCAGGCGGCAAGUACCGGCGGACGGCAAGGCUUGAAACAGCUGCCUUUCGACACCGAUGUAGAUCCUCAUGAGGCAAAAAGUGGUAUGCUUGACGAAGUGCGAGCCUUGCAGCCAAACCAUGAAAGUCGCCUCGAGGCAAUAGAGAGGGCUGCAAAGGUCCGCCAGCGCGAGCUGGAGAGUCGCAGGGUUGGAGAGUUCCAACGCGAAGUUGAAAAGUUUGUGGAGGAAGGUAAACUCAAGAAGACCGGAGGAAUGGAUGAAGUCGAACGAAGGCGGAAGUUGAAGGAUGAGGCGGCCCGCAAGGAAAAUUGGGAACGCCAACAGGCUCGUGCAGCGGAAUUGGAAAGGAAAAGAGCAGAAGAAGCUGCUGCUGCUGCUGCUGCGGCUGCGUCUGCCAGUGCUGCCUCCGAAUCAACCGAGCCCACAGCAACGGCGUCGGAGACUGAGAAGGACAAUUCUCAAGAGGCCGAAACUCCUUUUGAAGAUGCGAGCGAGGAGAAAGUACAAUCGCCCGAAGCGACCACUCCAGAACCAAAGGGAAGCGCUCCCGAAACUUCGGCCGCCCCGCAACUUCCAGAGGUUGAAGUGAGCGACGGGGGCAUGGGUCUCGGUAUGUCCAACAUUUCAUAAUAAACUUCAUCUCAUCUCGGCUCGUCUCGCUUGGGGUGGGCCUGGAUCUGUCAUUUUCUAGGACUGGGAGGGCUUCUGGUUUGUGUGGACAUAACACGCUGAUGAUCUGAGGACUGCCGGUUGCCCGAUAGAUGAUGCUCCUGCUCCUACUACUACGAAUAAUACUGAGAAAUCUGAAUCUGGUCAAGCCUCCUCCCCUAGCAAAGAUGGUGAAAGCAUGAAAAAGAAGGAGACAGAGGAAGAAGACAACAGGGGAAGCUGGUGGAAGCCAGCAGUCUUUUGAGACAACCGAACCAAACAAUUAUGAGCCGAGUUCGCGGGAUAGUAGUGAAGUGAAGUGAAGGAACAGGGAGGAAAAGGGGGUUUAAUUGGGUUUAAUGCACUGCACUGGCAUUUUGUGCAUGGAAGCUGUGGAAGCGAAGCUUUUUAUUUAGGAUGUCUGUCUUAAUUUCAGUGAGAGUGUAUGUCUGUGAUUGAAUGUCUGUGGUGGACAGACUACACUUCAUUGUUGUUCAGUCUGCUCACUUGCGGGGAGCUCUAGCUUCAAGUUUGAGAAGCUCGAUUUUGUUCUGGUUCUGCUCUCAUAGCGCUUUUGCUUUUGACGGACGUCCAUUCAAGUCAAGUCAUGUUGUUAAUGUUGAUCAGCUGGUUGAGAUCAAGCGUUCCAUUGCAUUCAGUGUGCAGUUAUUCUAUUUGCGAGGAUGUUCAUGUUGCUUGCGACAUGCUAUUGCAUCUCCCUGUAUGAGCUGAGCCGAGCCAUUUUGUGUAUUUAUGCUAAUCAUAUGUUUGCUUGAUCUGUACCUACUAUUGUAUACACUCUGCCGAGUAUAAGGUACGCUAGCAUGUACGUUAAGGUGUAGUUGUACUGGCGUAAGGUAUUGGUCCGAAGUAAACGAAAGGGGAGCCGGCAAACAACAAUGCAAGGUAUACACAGACAAGAUGCUGUGACGGGUGGGUGAGCAAAGGGAACAACAGUUGGAUUACCAUUGUCUCUCCUUCUUGUCUGUUUCGCUACCUAGAUACAGUAUGCCCCUUGGUAUCCACCAUCGACCAUGGACAGACCUAGCCCACCUGCCACAGCUGGGUGUUCAAGAUCGCACGCCCGCGCCUCGAACAGUUAGGUCGCGUGCGGCCAGCUCUGGGGAUCCAACCAAGCCUCCGGGGCAGCAGGGCAAGAUUCCG